ACAUGGCAUUCAAGAGGUGGAAUUGUGUGGUUGGAGGCCAUUAAUGGCCGCAGUGACAACAACCGGAGGGUCCCAUCUCACCCAUUUCAGGUACCAUUCCAGAGAGAGAAACAGCCUCGUUUCGCGUUGCGCGCAUUUCAAAACCUUUGUCUCUGAGAUUUGAAUGCUACGAUUAAAACCCCCUUUUAACCAUUGCCGCCAUUCUUACACUUCCAUUCCGAUUCUCUUUACUUUCCCCAAUCUGUUCUUCUUUGGAGGAUUUUGAGGUCUUAUUUUGGAUGAUGAGCGCUUCCAAGUUCAUUAAAUGCGUCACUGUUGGAGAUGGAGCUGUUGGGAAGACCUGUAUGCUUAUUUGUUACACCAGCAAUAAGUUCCCCACUGAUUAUAUUCCCACAGUGUUUGACAAUUUCAGUGCCAAUGUGUCUGUGGAUGGGAACAUUGUGAAUUUGGGGUUAUGGGACACUGCAGGUCAGGAAGAUUAUAGCAGGCUAAGGCCUUUGAGUUACAGAGGUGCAGAUGUGUUUGUUCUAGCUUUCUCAUUAAUUAGUAGAGCCAGCUAUGAAAAUAUCCUCAAGAAGUGGAUGCCUGAACUGCGAAGAUUUGCACCCAACGUCCCGAUCAUUCUAGUUGGAACGAAGCUCGAUCUCCGUGAGGACCGACGAUAUGCUAACGAACAAAUGGGGUAUGAUAUCAUUACUUCUUCUCAGGGUGAGGAGCUGAGAAAACAAAUUGGUGCUUCAGCUUACAUUGAGUGCAGUUCUAAGACACAACAGAAUGUCAAAGCUGUAUUUGAUACAGCCAUUAAAGUUGUUCUGCAACCUCCAAGGAGAAGGGAACUCCCAAAGAAGAAAACGCGUCGAGGAUCAGGCUGCUCGUUCACCAGGAGCAUCAUUUGUGGAGGCUGUGCUGCCUAGAACACAUCGCGCAGUUCGGUUCGAUACAGAUCUAGCUCACCCCAACAGCUAAUCACACCUCUCUAUGUAUUUGUUAACUUGAAAAUUGGAGGGAAUUGUUCAUUCUCUCAAGAACUUAUGGUAUAUAUUGUAGCCUUCUUGCUGUUAUGGUUCAACUGAUUUGAAUGCAAAGGGUCCUACCUUGGUUAGCUUUUGGGCUCCCUCUCU